GGGGCAGCGAGCAGAGGUGAAAGGCAUGGGCAAGGCCAUGUUCAAGGGUGCUGAUGGGAAGAUGGUGGGCCUCAAGAACGUGCUUUUGGUGCCCAACCUAGCAGCCAACCUGAUUUCCGUUCGGCGUUUGCAAAAGGCCGGCAUGGACACAUCUUCCAAGGGAUCCAAAACUUAUACCGCGCGGCUUGGUGAGCGGAAGCUUUGGGACCUUCAUGAGGACAGGGACAUCUACAAUGAAAUGUGGCAAAUCCCAGUGGUCCCCAUGCCUAAGGAGAGGCAAGUGGCAGCAAGCAUCAGCACCAAGAGUGAAGGGGGUGGUGGCGGUGAUCACGGAAAGCAAAGUGACACCAAGAGUGACUCGAACGAGUGCAAUCUUGGAGAGACCAGCAAGGCAUGUGAAUCCAAGGAGAGUGGUGCAGCAGCCAAAGGUGGUGGAAAUGAGGAGGAGAAUCAUAAGAUCAGCAAAGCAGCAGCGGCGAAGGAGAAAGGAGAGAGCUUGUGGGGCACAAUUGCGAGUGCCGCUUUCUCCAACCCGACCUCCGCUACGGGAGAGUGUGAUUGGCUGACCUUGCAUCGGCGAAUGGGGCAUGUGGCAUUGCCCAUUUUGCAGCAGAUAGUCAAGCAAGACAUGCGAAGCAAAGCCAAGUUACGCUAAGCGAAGCCAAGCUUUGCUAAGCAAAGCGAAGCUAAGUGAAGCAAAGCAAAGCUUAGUGAAGCGAAGCGAAGAUAAGCGAAGCGAAACCAAGCGAACCAAAGCAAAGCGAAGCGAAGCUAUGCGAAGCGAAGCUAAGCGAAGCGAAGCGAAGAUAAGCGAAGCCAAGCGAAGCCAAGCAAAGCUAA